CUCUCUCUCCCUCCCUCUCUCUGUCUCUCUCUCUCUCUCUCACUCGUUCCUCUCAUUCAGCUCAGUACAGUUGAUGUUUGUGUUUUGGACCAAACUCUGGAUAAAAGACGAUCAGGAAUCAAGUUUGAGGCAACCAGACGUGGGCGACCAUGUUGGGUCAGAACAUACGGUUGCAGCCGGUGCCGAUCCAGAGUCUGUCGGAGCUGGAGCGAGCCAGAUUACAGGAGGUGGCCUUGUACCACCUAGAGGAGCGCGACUUUGACUUCAAGAUCAGCAUCCCACGAGAAACACGUAAACGGAGAAAAUCUCUGCGCAGGAAGUUUGACUCUUUUUCAAAGGAGAAGAAAGAACGAGAAUCUGCUCCCAAAGCGUUCGGCGUCCCCCUGUCUCAGGUCAUCGGCAACGACCGCGCGUACAAGCGUCGUCAGGACGCUCUGAAGGAGAGCAGGCGAGACUGCCUGGACCUGGAGGCCAGCGUCCUCCGCUUUCGAGCCCAGAAACGACAGUUCUUCAACGGGAACAAACCUCUGGUCGUGUCCCCGCCGCUGGUCGGCGCGGGCGGAAAUGCGACACCUGCCUCUAACUCUGCGGCAACAAACAAACCGCUGUCGCCAACGUUUCUGGACAACGUGGGCCGAGGACAGAGGAGGGGAGGUCUGUCCGUCGACUCCAUCUCAGACCUUGUAGAGAGUCAGUCUCGCCUGUUGGAGGCGCUGCAGCUCUCUCACCCAGCCGAGCUGGAGCUGAAGAAGUCCCAGAGCGAUGGGUCGUCGGAGGGACGGAACCAGACCAAACUGAGCCUGAACCCCAUCUACAGGCAGGUUCCUCGGGUGGUGGAGCGGUGCUGCAGUCACAUCGAGAACCACGGUCUUCAGACUGUGGGAAUCUUCCGAGUGGGAAGCUCCAAGAAGAGAGUGAGACAGCUGAGGGACGACUUUGACGUGGGCGUGGACGUCCAGCUGGACGAGGAGCACAGCGUCCAUGACGUGGCCGCUCUGCUGAAAGAGUUUCUGCGGGACAUGCCCGACCCUCUGCUGUCCAGAGAGCUUUACCCGGCCUUCCUGCACGCCAACCUGAUGAGAGGAGCAGAGCAGAUCAACUACCUGCAGCACCUCCUCUACCUGCUGCCUCCCUGCAACUGUGACACGCUGCUGCGUCUCCUCACCUUACUGCACACGGUGCAGAGCUUCGCUCAGGACAGCAUCGGAACCAACGACGAGGAGAUUCCCGGGAACAAGAUGACGUCGGCAAACUUGGCCGUGAUCUUUGGUCCAAACCUGCUGCAGAAAGAACGAGGAGGAGACGUGAGUCCUCAGGCCAUGGGCAUCGAAGACAGCACGGCCAUCAUCAGCGUCACACUGGUCCUGAUCCAGAACUACAGGAGACUCUUCACGGUCUCUGCAGAGUUGCAGCAGGAAGUCCUCAUGAGUCUGAUCCAGACUGACCCGGACAUCAUUGACUACCUACUGCGCAGGAAACUCAGCAGCAGCAGUCACCUGACCGCAGACGGCAGCGGUCGCCGGGACACGGGGGCGUCGCUGGACUCUGUGGGGGCGUCCAGCGGGAGUCUGUCCCCCCUGGAACCGCCCUCGCCGCUUUUCCCGCCCGACGGCAGCGGCGCUGACGGAAGUUUGAGCAGCGAGAUUUUUCUCAAUGUCCUCAAACUGAACCAGAACCGGAAACGACACGAGAGCAGAUACGGAGGUGACGUCUCUGCAGGUAAAUCCAUCCGACACAUGCGUCAGUUCCACUCUCAUCACAACCUCCUCAGCCUCUCACAGCCUUCGUCCUCCUCCUCCUCGUCCUCAUCCUCUGGACCCCUGGCGUCGGCUCUGAGCUUCAGCAGCUGCAGCUGCUCCAGCCUCGGUGUCUCCUCUGACAACAGCGCCGCCGUGUGGGUGCGCCAGGCGUCGCACGACGACGGCAACAAAUCCUCGUCCUCGUCCAACUUCUGGGACUUCUUCACCGGGAAAGGCUCGAGCUCAGAGACCGUGGUAUGACGAGGACAGAUUAUCUUGAGAUAAGGAAUUCUCGUGUUUCCGCUGGGUUUUUUUUUUUUUGAAGGAAAAACAAACCAGGAAGGACUUUUUAUUUUUUAUUUUUAAGCUCAAAUUUUGUUUUUGUUUUUUAUACGAACGAGAAGCAAAAGAAGGAAAAGCGAUGAUGUGGACGUUCUAAUUCUAAUGUACAGUAUAUAUAUAUAAAAUGUUUAUAUAAUGUUGUAUUCAGACUAACAGUAGCUGCACGAGCUUCACUAACAUUCAUCUGUAAAGACAUCAAUAAUCAAUAAUCAAAGAUCUCUGAUGACUGACAACGAAAACUUAUACAAAUAAACUUUAAAACAGUU